AAAGCGUCGGCGCGUCCGCACGCAUGCGUCCCAGAGUGGCGACGACACCAUUUUAGAGGAGGAAAGGAAAACACGGACAGUUACUAGCAGUCAGUAACAAUAUAUCAGCAGAUAAACUAAUAAUAGCUCAUGUGCGUGCGGAGAAACCGGGACAUAUAGAAGACCCCCGCGGAUCCACAGAAGAGUCGCGUUCCGACGUCCGCUCAGCGCCGGUUCGGGGUUAUUGUUGUUAUUGGUGUGUGUGAGUGUGUGUGUGUGUUCGGGAGAAACUGAAACAGUGCGGUUCUGUGCUCGGUCCAGAUGGAUGGAGACGAGGAGAUCCACUCAGAUGAUGGCAGCGCUACUCCGGUCCAGGACGAGCAGGAGGAGGCCAGACCCGCGUCACCGCAGUCUGAGGAUGAAGGCAGUGAUAACGAGGACGCCGCUCACGACCGGAGGUCUGAGAACGCAGACAGCGGCUCGGAUCACGAGGCUCGAGGAGGAGGAGACGCGAGCGAUUCAGAGCCCGAGCCGCCGCGGCCCGCAGACAGCGAGGAGGAAGAGGAGGGCAGCUCUCCUGUGAAGAGAAGAGCGAGCACCUCGGACAUCGAGGAGGAAGAGGAGAAACCACACCUAGCCAGCGACUCCGAGCCGGAGGAAACACAGAAGAGACACAGCCCUAAAUCAGACGCGGCCAGCGAUUCAGACGAGGACAAACCCAAACAGAAGACUCUGAGAGACUCUGAUGCAGAAGAAGAGGAGGAAGAGGAGGAGGGGAGGAAGAAGGAGGAAGAGGGAAAAUGGAAAGCUGUGAUGAACUCAGACAGUGAUGAAGAAGAGGAGAAACCGAAGCAGGAAGCAGGAAGUGAUGAGGAUGAAGGGCCUAAACGACGGGCUCUGGCCAGUGAUGAAGAUGAGAAGCCUGUGAAGAGGAAGAAGGCGGUUCUGUCAGACAGUGAUGAAGAUGAGGAGAAAGAGGUGAAGAAGAGCAGGCUGGUGUCUGAUGAUGAAGACUCCGGCAGUGAUGACGGCUCUGGAGCUCCUGAUAAGAGUUUAGCAGCUAAACUGAAGGAGCUGGGCUCAGACAGCGAGGAUGAGGAGGACACGAUGAAGAGAGACGCAGGGACGAAGGACGAGAAGGCUCUGUUCGGCAGCGACAGCGAGUCCGGCGACGACGAGGAAGAGAAAAUGAUCGCAGACAUCUUCGGAGAGUCCGGUGAGGAGGAAGAGGAGGAGUUUACAGGCUUCAAUCAAGAGGAGCUGGAGGCCGAGCGGCCGCAGACUCAGGCGCCGGGACACAAGAGACUGGAGGACGACUCUGAUUCAGAUGAAGACGUGGACAGAGGAGGAAAAGACAUGUCCUUCAUGUCAGACUUUGAGAUCAUGUUGGCCCGUAAGAAAGCUCAGAGCGGCAAACGCAGACGCAAUCGAGACGGAGGGACGUUCAUCAGUGACGCCGAUGAUGUCGUGAGCGCCAUGAUCACCAAAAUGACCGAAGCUGCAGAGGAGGACCGGACUCUGAACAGUCAGAAGAAACCGGCUCUGAAGAAGCUCAUGCUGCUGCCCACAGUGGUGAUGCAUCUGAAGAAGCAGGAUCUGAAGGACACGUUCAUAGACAGUGGUGUGAUGAUGGCCAUAAAGGAGUGGAUCAGUCCUCUCCCGGAUAGGAGUCUCCCAGCGCUCAAGAUACGAGAGGAGCUCCUCAAGAUCCUGCAGGAACUGCCCAGCGUGAGUCAGGAAACACUGAAGCUCAGUGGAAUCGGACGAGCCGUCAUGUACCUCUACAAACACCCCAAAGAGUCUCGACCCAACAAAGACCUCGCGCUCAAACUCAUCAACGAGUGGUCUCGGCCCAUCUUCGGUUUAUCAUCCAACUACAAGGGAAUGACGAGAGAAGAGAGAGAGCAGAGAGACCUGGACCAGCAGAUCGCCCCGCGCAGACGCCUCAGUGAGCCCCAGACGUCUGAGAGACAGCAAGAGCCAGACGUCUUUUCCCCGGCGCGCAGCUCAGGAGGACAGACUCCUCGCAGAGAUCUGGAGAAAGUGCUCACCGGAGAGGAGAAGGCGUUGCGGCCGGGUGACCCGGGUUUCUGUGCUCGAGCUCGUGUGCCCAUGCCCUCCAAUAAAGAUUACGUGGUUCGGCCCAAAUGGAACGUGGAUGUGGACUCAAACAGAAGGAGCUUUAGGAAGGGCCUCAGCCUGCUGGAGAAACACAAGCGGCGUUUUGCGGAGCAGAGGAAGCAGCGGCGGCCGCAGGGGGCCGUGAAAAUCAGCAUUGAGGGAAACCGGAUGCCGCUGUAGUUACACGCUCCUGCCUGAGGGGGCAGCUCCACUGAAGAAGGGUUUGUCGCGAGUAGAUAAACAGAUGCGGCGUUUCGCGGACAUCAAGCGCCUGACGAAGACGGGUCACGCGGUGAAGAUCAGCGUGGAGGGGAACCGCAUGCCGCUCUGACCUCCAGCUGAU